AUGGCCGUCUCAGACCACCACCAAGCAGCUGUUGCCGCAUCUGGGUCCAAUACGCCGCAGAGUACAUCGACCUCGACCUCUGGCGAAAGGGCGGUCUGUCCAGGCAUCACGAGUGGGAGGAAAUGCGGCCGCCAGCGCAAUAUCCAGUGCGUGCAUGGGAUGUGCAAGACGCACUGUCUCGCUCAAGGCGGUUGCUCCGCUGCUGGACAUCGCUCAACUGGAACUGCAAGUCAGCCCACAUCUGCUACCCAGCCCGCCUCUCUAGCCUCGUCGCUUCCACCAUCACAUCCUCCUCUCAACACUGCACAACGCCCCGUGGAAAGCAGCACCUGGGACGGGUUCUACAAUCGGUUUCAAGCAUCUCCCUCCCCCUCUUCCUCUUCCGACGGGUUAGGAUAUUUUUCCGAUAUCGAGACAACCAAAGGCAUGCCUCCUAGUCGCCUUCAUCCAAUUCCUGAAGACGGGCCCACCAUGUUCCGUGCCCCUGCGCUUGCUGACCGAUCCCCUUCGCUUGACCCUCGACUGCGCGAGUGGGAUCAGCGUGUCAAGGCCCUCCAGGAAGGUGACUCUGAUUGGGACGACUCGGAGGACGAACGCCAACUCCAGCUCGGUAUCCGGGCCUCUAUGCAGACAUUAGACACCGAUGGCCAAGCGAUGGGGGCCAUUGCCUCAACGUCUAUCUCGGUGCAACAGCUUCAUGGCCCGGCACCUAACGCCGUGCCCUCCACCCCAGUGGUUCUUUCCUCUUCCUUUCCUUCAACUGUUGCAGAUUUGAGCUCGCCAGCACACCCUCCCUUUGCAUCCGCCUCUCAUACCUCUCCCUCAUCGGCCUCUACCUCUGGCGUCCCGUUGGCAUCUUCCAGCCGUGCACGUCCACGCUAUGGCCAAAUUCAGGACAUCGCCUCACUUCCUCCUUCUUCCCGCCCACGCAUCACUCAACACCUCAGUCCCUUAUGGCAUGCGAACUGGGAGGAGCUCAAGAGGAAGCAGGACGAGGUUCGUCAACCUCAAUCGUCAAAGCGCAUGACAGAGGAGAUGCGCGAAAUUACUGCUGUUUAUUGGUGCAAGACCAACACGGAGGAGUCUCCCCUGUCGCUUCUGAUUAAUGGAGCCAAGAUCCCCAAGUGGCCGACCUUCAGGAUUUCUAAUAGCCCUGCGCUCGUGAAGGCGAUUCUUGUCCCAGACCGUCUCCAAACGUACAAAUUCGCUUCACGCACAUGGGUAACCCUUGAUAGCUUUGAUCACCCCUUCACCGUCGCUCAUGGUGAUCACAUCUUCCUCCGCCAAACAAAUGCGCCCACUCCCGACUUCGACAAGAUGUAUGCUGCUGCUACACUGAGGCCUGUGCAUCUGCGGAAGAACAUGCCUGGUCAGAGGAAGGACCUUCGCACACCUGUGUCAAGGAAGAACACCACUCCAGCCACGUUGUCACCUUCCACCUCGUCCCCUACCACACCGAUUCUUCUGAAGGCAAAGGGGAAGGCUCGCUUCAUCAGCCCAGAUCCAGACCUGGACCUUACUCCCAGAGCGUCCAAGCGAUCUCGCCGAGCCUCUUCACCUUCAUCGUCAUUGGUGGUCCCUCCUUCCUCUGAAGUUUCAUCCUCAGCAUCGGUGGAUGGCACAUUCAUUGACCUCUCCUCUGAUGCUUCUGAGACUUCUGAACAGGCACCUUCUUCGCAUUCACCACCUCCCUCGUCCGAGGUUUCAUCCUCAAUGUCAGUGGAUGGGUUGUUCAUCGACCUCUCCUCUGAGUCUACCUCGGCUACCUCAUCCACAUCGUCUAUCUCUUCAUCCACAUCGCCUCCACCUAUGUCUUACUCUCGAGCUGGUCGUGGCCGCGACAAAGCGCACUGGCCCGCUGGGCUUUACUGCUUUGAACUAGCCGGUGGGAUUGCUGAGAUGAAGAGGCUACAGUUAGCGAAGGCAGGGAACCUCAAAGUUCGGUUCAAGAGGGUAUUUCAAGAGGAGCUUUCCAGCAAGAACCUCUAUUAUGACACAGUAACCCGAUGGACCACUGUUGCAUCUCAGAAGACCCGCGACUACUUCAUCGCCCAAGGUGCAACCGAUGCAGGAUCAUGGGACGUCUUCGCCCCUGACCAUCCCUUGCCCAAGUAG